AUGGUCGAGAAGGUGUACGUGACCUAUAAUCAGGUCCACAAGUUGUGCCAGGAAGCCGCACCGCGCAUCCUCUCCGACUUCAGACCUACGCUGAUGAUCGCAAUUGGUGGAGGAGGCUAUGUCCCAGCCCGUAUCCUCCGCUCCUUCCUCAAACAGCCCGGCAGCCCCAACAUCCCCAUCCAAGCCAUCGGCCUCUCCCUCUACGAAUCCCUCGGCACCGACGCCCAGAUAGAAGAACCCGGCACCAAAGUCACCCGAACACAAUGGCUCGACCUUCGCUCCCUCGAAAUGGCCAACCUCAUUGGCAAAGAUGUCCUGAUCGUGGACGAAGUAGACGACACCCGCACAACGCUCGAGUAUGCCGUCAAGGAACUAGAAAAGGAUGUUGCGGAAGCGGCGCAGCAGGUGGGGAGGGGGAAAGAGACGACGAGGUUCUCGGUCUUUGUGUUGCAUAACAAGGACAAGGUUAAGAAGGGGAUUUUGCCGAAGAGUAUGAUGGAUGAGGGACGGUAUGCGGCGGCGAGGACGGUGGGGGAUGUGUGGAUUAAUUAUCCUUGGGAGGCUACUGAUAUUGAGGAGCAUGAUCGGAUGGCGCAGAGCCAGACGAUCGAGUAA